AUGGGCACCGGAGAGAUCCGGGCCAUGAAGCAGAUGAACAAGAAAGAGAUGGUCUUUAAGAAUCAGGUCCACCACGUGCGUGCAGAAAAGGAGGCACUCAGCUCGGCCAAGGACGAUUGGGUCAUUGGGCUGCACUACACAUUUCAAGACGAUCAGUAUCUGUACAUGGUGAUGGAUUACCUGCCUGGUGGAGACCUCAUGACCCAUCUCAUGCGCAAGGACACCUUCUCGGAGGAGGAAACGCGUUUCUACAUUGCCGAACUUGUGGAGGCCAUUGACUACAUUCACACCAACUUGCAUUACAUUCACCGCGACAUUAAGCCGGACAACAUCGUCUUCGACAUUGAUGGUCACAUCCACCUCCUCGACUUUGGCUUGUGCAAGUACCAGCCCCCGGAGCCUGCCCAGGGUGAAGGUGUUCCUACUGGCAGCAGUGCAGACAGCCAAAGCAGCAGCACGGCCACCAUUGGCCGAGAUGUGGAAGUCGCGGCGCUGAAACAGUGGGAACGCGCCUCCGACGUGCUUGCUCUUCUGGGAGCGUCCUUCAUAGUCAAAAGGCCCGACUACAUGGGACCAGAGGCAGUGGAGGCUUCUCAGAAGAGUCAGGCAUUUUGCCAUGUCCGAGAGGUCUACAAGAAGGCGCCAUAUGGAAAGGAGUGUGACAUGUGGUCGCUGGGGAUCAUCAUGUUCGAGAUGCUCUUUGGCGGUCCGCCUUUCAGCGAUGAACGGCACGAUCCAUCAGCCCGGGGCUUUCUUGAGGCCGAGGCUUCUUGCAGAGCUCAACUUCUCUCUAGGCUCGCGAUCUCCUCAAAGGCCUCAUCUGCGAUCCCGCCGACCGCUUGUCAGCUGAUCAAAUACGAGUGCAUCCCUUCUUUCGAGCUGGGUCUGGACUUCAAACGGCUUCGCAGCAUGGCCCCGCCCAUCAAGCCGAUUGUCAAAGGUCCGCUUGACACCUCCAACUUCGAUGACUUCCCGGGUGCUGAUGACAAGUUCAUGAUUCCGGCCGAAAGACACAAGGCAUCGCGCGUGCCAGCACGGUAG